AUGUUUAGAGGCAAUUAUAAUAGAUAAUCCCUUAAGCCAUAAGUGGUCACCUUUUAACACGUAUUAGAUUAAGUGAAUGCACUUGAUCAUAGAGCCCUCAGUCUUUUGCAUAAAAUGGUGAAUCCAUCUUAGAUGAAUAUUUUUGCAACUGCUUCUCUUGUCUCUUUAUUUGCAGGACUUAUUCGAGAGAUCCCUUGUGAACUAUUAGAUGAAAAGAAUCUCAAUUGGAGUUUGUUACAUAUGUUUUUAAACGAUGUUGAGAAAUUUUUGGAAAACUUAAGAAAAUUUAAGGAGUUUAUUAAUAAAAAUCAAAUAACAUCUAAAAACAUGCAAAUUGCUAAUUAUUGGAUACAAAAAUACAAUGAAAUAUAACAGGAUAAUUAAUAUUCAGUUUCAUAUGCAUUUGUAUAAAUUACUUAAAUGAUCAUUAAACUUGACAAACAACUCAAUUAAAGAUAGCCUUCAAGUCCUGCAAGGUCAUUGUCUGCAUCACCAAGCCCAAAACUGAAUGAUAAUGAUGAUAUCGAUGAAAUUGAUGAACUUAAAACAUAACCGGAAAGAAUGAGUGUACGAGAGCCUCCAAAACCAAAUGGAUUAAAACUUUAAUUAGUCCCUAAUAAACCUAUGUAAUAAACACCAGCACAUAAACACACAUAAAGCCAGCAAAUCAAAUAAGUAGCACCAAUUCAUGCCCCAGUAGUGCAAAAAAAGAAAUGA